AUUUAUAUUUAUUUAUUGCUGCCGCGUCCACCGUCCGUCCCCAAACCCUACCGCAGUCGCCGCCACCGUCUCCCCUCCUGAUCCAAUCCAAUGGCGCGCCUCCACCUCGUGGCCGUGGCAAUGGGCUUGCUCUUGGCCUUGACGACGGCGCAGGCACCGGGCGCGUCCACGAUGCCCGCGCCCAUGGCGCAGCCUCCGGCGACCUCGGCGCCUCCUCGUCCCGCGCCAUCCCCGACCCAGAAGACCGCUCCAGCUCCGGCGCCCAAUGCCACGGUACCCGCCCCCGCCUCGCCGCCGGCGCCGAGCUCUAUCGGGCAGACGCCGACCGAGGCGCCGUCCUCCCCUCCGCCGCCCAGCGCCGCGUCCAGCGUUGCCUCCGCCUUGUACGUGGCCGCCGCUAUGGCGGCUGUCGUGUUUUUCUUCUGAGGUCGGUACUCGGCGCCGAUGGAUCCGCCGCCUAUGGUAUGGUACGGUGCGGUGUGGAUUUGACACGAUGGCUCCCGCUACCGCUGGUCGAGUUUGCUUAUUAGGAUACUAGUAGUUAAUUAAUAGUUGGGUUGAUCAGAUCAGAUCUAGCGUUUUUGUUGAGUGGGGAUAUUAUUUCUUCUACGGAUCUGCACACUAGGGUUAUGUCACUA